CACACUUCUCUCGAUGCGCUACUUGGGUGUAGAGAAAUUUCAACAACAGCCGAGGAACUUGUACAAAUUAUUGCUUUUUCGCAUUGCCUAAGCCGUUUAGAGUUGCGGGCGUUAGCGUGCGCGAUAGCCGGAGCACCGAACGUCAAGGUCGCUUGGCGAGGGCCACAAUGCGGGGCGGAGUCCCAGCCAUUGGUCCCAUCGAAUCGUCGAGUCCCCGAGGGGGCGUCUGAAAAAAUCAAUCGGGCUCCACUCCGUCGCGAAUAAGCAGGAUGAGCAGCAACAACAACGCACCCGCAUCGGCUCCAGACACGGGCUCCACCAAUGCCAACGAUCCCAUCUCCGGUUCGCUGUCCGUAGACAGCAACCUGGUUAUCAUUCAGGACAUGAUUGAUCUCUCGGCCAACCAUCUGGAGGGCCUGCGAACGCAGUGCGCGAUCAGCUCCACGCUGACGCAGCAGGAGAUUCGUUGCCUGGAGUCGAAGCUGGUGCGAUACUUCUCCGAGCUGCUGCUGGCGAAGAUGCGGCUAAAUGAGCGCAUCCCGGCCAACGGGCUUGUGCCCCACACAACGGGCAACGAACUGAGGCAAUGGCUGCGCGUAGUGGGCCUUAGCCAGGGGACUCUUACCGCCUGCCUUGCUCGCCUGACCACUCUAGAGCAAAGCCUGCGUCUCAGCGACGAGGAGAUCCGUCAACUCCUGGCUGACAGCCCCAGCCAGCGAGAGGAGGAGGAACUGCGACGCCUGACCAGGGCCAUGCAGAACUUAAGGAAGUGCAUGGAGUCGCUGGAGAGCGGUACUGCGGCUAGCAACAACGAUCCAGAGCAGUGGCACUGGGACUCCUGGGACAGGCCCACCCACAUUCAUCGCGGCAGUGUGGGAAACAUUGGACUGGGUAACAAUUCAACCGCCUCCCCGAGAACCCAUCAUCGCCAGCAUGGUGUCAAGGGAAAGAAUUCCGCUCUGGCCAACUCCACCAACUUCAAAAGUGGCCGCCAAUCGCCCUCAGCGACAGAAGAGCUGAACAGCACACAGGGUUCCCAGCUGACUUUAACCCUUACGCCCUCGCCACCCAAUUCGCCCUUCACGCCUUCCAGUGGGCUGAGCAGCAGCCUUAAUGGAACACCACAGAGGAGUCGUGGUACCCCGCCGCCAGCUAGAAAGCACCAGACCUUGCUGAGCCAGAGUCAUGUGCAAGUGGACGGGGAGCAAUUAGCCCGCAACCGUUUGCCCACUGAUCCCAGCCCCGAUAGCCACAGCUCCACCAGCUCGGACAUCUUUGUGGACCCAAAUACUAAUGCCAGCUCCGGAGGAAGUUCCUCGAACGUGCUUAUGGUGCCAUGCUCUCCGGGCGUGGGUCACGUGGGCAUGGGUCAUGCAAUCAAGCAUCGUUUCACCAAGGCCCUGGGCUUCAUGGCCACCUGUACCCUGUGCCAGAAGCAGGUCUUUCACCGCUGGAUGAAGUGCACCGACUGCAAGUACAUCUGCCACAAGUCAUGCGCACCGCACGUACCGCCCUCCUGUGGACUUCCACGAGAAUAUGUGGACGAGUUUCGGCACAUAAAGGAGCAGGGAGGAUACGCCAGUCUGCCGCAUGUGCAUGGCGCGGCGAAAGGAUCCCCUUUGGUAAAAAAGAGCACCCUGGGUAAGCCCUUGCAUCAGCAGCACGGCGAUAGCAGUUCGCCGAGUUCCAGCUGCACUAGUUCCACGCCCAGCAGUCCGGCGCUGUUCCAGCAAAGGGAGCGCGAGCUGGAUCAGGCGGGCAGCAGCUCUAGCGCCAAUCUGUUACCUACGCCUUCGCUUGGCAAGCACCAGCCGAGUCAAUUCAACUUUCCCAACGUGACGGUGACGAGCAGUGGCGGAAGCGGUGGUGUAUCGCUCAUCUCCAAUGAACCAGUGCCAGAGCAAUUCCCCACGGCGCCUGCAACAGCCAACGGAGGACUUGAUAGUCUGGUGAGCAGCUCCAACGGGCACAUGAGCUCGCUCAUCGGUAGCCAAACUUCAAACGCUUCUACUGCGGCCACCUUGACGGGCAGUCUGGUCAAUAGCACAACCACCACCAGCACCUGCAGUUUCUUUCCGCGAAAAUUGAGCACAGCCGGUGUGGAUAAGAGGACGCCGUUCACCAGCGAGUACACGGAUACCCACAAGUCAAAUGACAGCGACAAGACAGUCUCCUUGUCUGGAAGUGCCAGCACGGACUCGGACCGGACACCCGUUCGUGUGGAUUCAACGGAAGACGGAGACUCGGGACAAUGGCGCCAGAACUCGAUCUCACUCAAGGAAUGGGACAUCCCGUAUGGUGAUCUGCUUCUGCUCGAGCGGAUAGGGCAGGGACGCUUCGGCACCGUGCAUCGAGCCCUUUGGCACGGAGAUGUGGCGGUUAAGCUGCUCAACGAGGACUAUCUGCAAGACGAACACAUGCUGGAGACGUUUCGCAGCGAGGUAGCCAACUUCAAGAACACUCGACACGAGAACCUGGUGCUGUUCAUGGGAGCCUGCAUGAACCCACCAUAUUUGGCCAUUGUGACUUCAUUGUGCAAGGGCAACACCUUGUAUACGUAUAUUCACCAGCGUCGGGAGAAGUUUGCCAUGAACCGGACUCUCCUCAUUGCCCAGCAGAUCGCCCAGGGCAUGGGCUACCUGCACGCAAGGGAGAUCAUCCACAAAGAUCUGCGCACCAAGAACAUCUUCAUCGAGAACGGCAAGGUGAUUAUCACGGACUUUGGGCUGUUCAGCUCCACCAAGCUGCUCUACUGUGAUAUGGGCCUAGGAGUGCCCCACAACUGGUUGUGCUACCUGGCGCCGGAGCUAAUCCGAGCAUUGCAGCCGGAGAAGCCGCGUGGAGAGUGUCUGGAGUUCACCCCAUACUCCGAUGUCUACUCUUUCGGAACCGUUUGGUACGAGCUAAUCUGCGGCGAGUUCACAUUCAAGGAUCAGCCGGCGGAAUCGAUCAUCUGGCAGGUUGGCCGUGGGAUGAAGCAGUCGCUGGCCAACCUGCAGUCUGGACGGGAUGUCAAGGACUUGCUGAUGCUGUGCUGGACCUACGAGAAGGAGCACCGGCCGCAGUUCGCACGCCUGCUCUCCCUGCUGGAGCAUCUUCCCAAGAAGCGUCUGGCGCGCAGUCCCUCCCACCCCGUCAACCUUUCCCGUUCCGCCGAGUCCGUGUUCUGAGGGAACUGCAGCAUGGCCACUGUCACUGUCUAGUACAAUUUCGAUCUACCAACUAAGCUAGCUCGCUUUGUGCCCUCGUCCACUCUACACAAACUCUCUCCCAAGGCGAAGUUCUAUCGAGCCGAGCGAAGAUUGUAAAUACAUAAACGUAACUACCAAAUUAUAGCAAUCCAUUUUAAAAACUACAUACAUAUGUGUAGGCAUGUAUCGGGAGCACUCCAGUUGCAGUUGUUAGCAAACGAAACAAAGGCAAAUCAAAUGUUAACUCGAAAAAGACAAAACGCUUAAAUGUUUAAGAGCAGAGGCAAACAGAGAAGGCAUAGACAUACAUAUACAAACAAACAAACAAGCACUGUGGCAAACAUAAAUGUAAACGUUAAUCAGGUGAGCAAUUUCUAAAUUGUUAAUUAUGUGUAAGAGAACUAUAUAUAUAUAUAUAUAUAUAUAUAUAUAUAUAUAUAUAUAUAUACAUGUAUAUACAGCAGCAAUGUAUUGUAUAUGACGGACUAGUGUUAAAUUAAAUAUAUAUUGUGAAUUAUGUAUGGUCAAGUGUAUAUAGUAAAUGGACUUUAAAUGCGAAAUCGAAACAAAAUGUCAAAUAAACUUAUUAAACCUAAAAAAUCACUUUGUGCACUUGGCAGUUUUACAGAUCCUGAGGUUCGUCCCAUCGUCCCACAGGCGGAGAUAAUCGAAACAAUCUUAACUUAAGAUUCAACUAAAUGGUAAAACUUUACAGUCUUGACUCACCCCGUACUCUUCAUGACUGCGGAGCGAAUUAACAAUCGCCGUUCCAACAAGGUGCUGCAACAGAGGCAGCCGAGAGCUCAAAGCGCUGUCCAUGGUCAGGUGCAGCUGCAGCGAGAACAUGGCACAGCCCGGCGGACUAAGCCACUGGAAAGCACAAAGCGAUGAUUUCAACAAGAACUUAAAUCUGGAUGCUUCUAGAGUACUAACUUGAUUAUUUCUGCGACCCACUCCGGACGUCUGCUGCACGGGGAGCACAGCCAGGCCGUGGAUGAGCUCCAGGUUGUUUAUGAGAUGCAUGGAGCUGCUGACCACCGGUGCAUAGAUGACCAGUCGUCCGAUGUGUUCCGUCUUAAGAUUCUUUAAAAUAAGAGGAAUUUGGGUUAAUUCUGCUAUAGACUAGAAUUAGAAUGCGCUCACAUCGAAGUAAUCCACGGUGGAGAAGUCAUCCGGACAGGAAUGUAUGAGUAUGGGCAGGACAUUGUUGUUGGCCACUGGAGGCUUAUCGUCCUUGCCACAGAACUUCAUCGUCAGGUUCGGCGUUGCUAUCACGUUGUCGGAUCCGCUGCAGCGCAGACGUAGCUUCUCCAGAAGCUCAAACUUGGCCUGAAUAACAAAAAGAGCUAGAAUAUUGGAUUCUGAUGCCAAAACAAAUGGAGAGACGAACUGACCUCGUGCCGACCUAGGAAAUAUGCGUGCUUGUAGACAACUCCAGGCUGCGGCUGGUCGACACCGUCUCCACCGCGGACCUGCACAUCCAAGUACUUUCCCAGGAGAUCCGCAAAUAUCUCGAGGCGAGUUCGCUCGUUUUGCUUUAGAAUGGAGUACUUAGUCUCAUCGGAUUCAAAUUCGCUGGGAUUCAUUUCCAAGUGCACCUGUUUUUUUUUUUGUUUCAUAGGAAUGUUUUUUUUUAAUAUAUGUUUGUUAUAUUUACAUGAGCAAUCACUUACUUGGGAGAAGACGGCCUUUCCGCCGCUCUGCAGGCUUUUGGCCAACAUCAAGCUGGGCGUAUUCCAGGUUUCCUCGGUUCCCAGCACAUGGACAUCCAAAUUGUGGCUGUGACCGGCCAGAUCCUUCAGUUCCAUGGACCUUGGACAUACUAGAGCUCUGAGCAGCGUUUCGUGGUUUGAUUUGUGUUUUUUUUUCGAUUUUUGUUUGUUUUUGGUUUGUUGUUAUUUUAGUUAUUGGUAGGAUGGAUUAUAAUAGUGAUAGCACACACAUAUAGAAGCACACGCAGAAAUUUAAGGAUUUAGAAGGUAAACGUAGCAGGAUGGUGAAAAGGUUUGAAAUGCCAAAUGUUUAUAACACAAUUAAACAAUUAAAUUACAUGGAUGGCACAUUCAAUCGAUAAAAAACAAGAGUUAAGAGAGCUUACAGAAAACAUAGAUAGGUUAGUUAGUUAGGCGGAUUGAAAACGGAGUUUAGAUAGAUGGAUUACAGUGCACACCGAAUCAAAUAGAAAUUAAGCCAUAUUUAGAGUAAACGAGACCAAUUUGAGCAUGAAACAUUUGAGAAAUAAAAUGAGAAUUGGAAUUGGUUAGAAUCGGUUUAGUAUAAGAACGAUUAAUUAGGAUUAAUUCAUUUCAUUUCAAGCCCCAUUCAG